CUCAAGGCAGAGUCAACGGCGCCACGUCACCACCCAUUCGGGGGGUCGCUCGCCCCAUUUCCCGAGGUCGUGCUGUAGGCUUUCAGCUAAUAUGGCCUCGUCUCGCAUGCACGCCAGUCUCAUACAUCUCACUGCAGCACACGAAGCCGCACGUGCUGUCUUUUUAAUAAUCAUUUGUUCUCGAACUCACCGCCCUUCGCUUUCAAAUUCCUGCUUUCGCACUCGCGGUUCCUUUUCCCCUUUGCGCCCUGCAGCUGAGUUGGCCCCCAAAACUUAAACAGACCCAUCCCGGCAGAAAGUCGCGAAUAGCAGUUAUUUCUGCUGAGUUUUGCUUUUAAUGUUUAAAAUUAGAGUCACGAUAACGAUUACAUCAUGUCAGGAUUCGAAAUUUUGGGCGCGGUUGCAGGAGGCAGCCAGCUUGUCGGCUACAUUUUCGGAAUUGGGAGCUCCAUAAUCGAGCUCCAAGACCACAUAAAGCACUGUCCAGCGCGCAUACAAUCCUAUUCUGCACGACUCGAGUCCCUUUCCAGCGUUAUCCAAGAUAUUAAGAACAACGAACAGCUUUGCGCGCAGAUUACCACGAACCUCCUCGACUCCAUCUCGAAGGAAGUAGACGCGCUUAAAAGCACCCUAAGAACGUCUUUCCCAACGGGCACGCGGAAAUCGCGAGCGAAGUACCUGAAAAUACCAAAGGAGAAGAAAGCAGAGAAGCGGAUUAAAGACUCUUUCGCGACUCUAGACGCCUACAAACUGGACUUGGUGCUCUGCAUGUCAUACUCUUCGAAGGAAGAAAUGGCCGACAACUCUUCCGAUUCGAUGAGUAAUGCGACGUCGAUGACUGUCGUCGAACCUAGCGAGACACGAUUAGCCCUCCGCACAAACACCGCCGAUUCACUUGCGACAACUAUCGCACCCGAUUCGAGCGCAGCAGAUUCCAAACCGUCUAUGCAAAUGCCCGCUCCCGAAGGCUCUCCCGAGGAAGGGCCAACCAGCCAAGGCCAGGCUCAAGACGAACCAUCUCAAUGCACGUUCUCCAACGUCAGAAUAGAGGGUGACAUCUUUGGAGCCAUUGGGACCGGUGUCAAUCGAGGUCGCUUCGAAAGCUGCGUAGCGAGUGGAUGCACUGUAGCAGUGAUCGGUCCUACCAACUUCAAUGGCAUGCAUCGGAUUCUAGCAUCUGGCGUCAUCAACAGCCUGCCCAUUCCAGCGAAGUUCAACCGAACUUGACUCAGCGCACUCAUCUGUCUUGGACAACCUUGGAAGGGAACAAAAUGCUCGUGGGAGGUGCUGUCCGGGCUUCGCCUAGUCCGCGCGAGGAACAAAAUCAGGGACGUAUCGCGCGGAAAAAUUUUACAUGGCUUCGAAAAAGGAGAAUUUGAUUAUGCUGGGAAUUACAUACCAAAAAUGAGUAUUAUAGAUGAGAACACUGCCGCAAUAGAUGUAAUAUUCAUGUCUCAUAUCCAAUGAC